AAAGCUUUCAGAGCACUGUGUGGAAUGAAUUGCUUGCAGGACUUCAAAGUGUUGCUGUGCUAACGAGGCAGGGGCGAAUUUGCAUACGACUUUAAUCAGCUGAAUACUGAUUAUGCUUCAUUAUGGGCACUGCCAGCUGUACUCUUUGUUUCUGCUCUAUAUUCUGGGGGAAAAAAAAAAAAGUUUUUCACAGUCUGGUUGUCGUGACGAUCAUGGCAGUAAGUGAGAGAGGGAGCGAGGGGGGAUAAGUGAGAGAAAGAGAUCGGUAGAGGAAGAGCAGUCUUCUCUGUAGGCUUAGCUUUACUCUGCUGUGCAUUAUACAGCUGUAGUCUGUACUUGUGUGCUGGUAUUUUUUUGGUGGUUGUACUGGUCUGUAAGCAUCUCAAAAAGAGAAGUGUGUGCUGUUCUGGGUUUUAUUCUGCUUUUGUGUGGGGUGAGAGACAGUUGUGGAUGCUUACGGAGAACAUGCUUGAGAGAACAGGUGCAGCUGUUUCUGAUUCUAGAAUGAGUAAUCCGUCAGAAACAAAUAAAUGUGCAAUGGAGAGUGGGGACAGAGACACAGGUGCCCAAACAAACGGACUGGACUUUCAGAGGCAGACAGUGCAAACAACAAAUGCAAUCACCAAUGCACAAGCACAAGCCUUGCUCCAACAGUUGACUCUGACUCCAGCGCAACAGCAGUUGUUGCUGCAGCAGGCUCAGGCGCAGCUUUUGGCUGCAGCUGUGCAGCAGCACUCGGCCAACCAGCAGAGCAGCACCACAGGAGCGAGUAUCUCUGCCUCCGCUGCCACGCCGAUCACACAGAUCCCCCUUUCUCAGCCCAUUCAGAUCACACCUCAGUUGCAGCAGCUGCAGCAGCAGCAGAACCUCAACUUGCAGCAGUUUGUACUGGUCCAGCCAGGUCAUCCAAUUGCCGCCCAGCUGCAGCCAGCGCAGUUCAUCAUCUCACAGACGCCACAGGGCCAACAGAGCCUCUUGCAAGCCCAGAAUCUUCUAACUCAACUACCUCAAAGUCAAGCCAACCUCCUGCAGAGUCAGCCAAGCAUCACUCUUGCCACACAGCCAGCAACACCGACCCGCACGAUAGCAGCUACCCCCAUCCAGACCCUCCCUCACAACCAGACGACACCAAAGCGCAUGGAAACGCCCAGUCUGGAGGAACCCAGUGACUUGGAGGAACUAGAGCAGUUUGCCAAGACCUUCAAACAGAGGAGGAUCAAACUGGGCUUCACUCAGGGGGAUGUCGGCCUUGCUAUGGGAAAGCUAUAUGGAAAUGACUUCAGCCAAACCACCAUUUCUCGCUUUGAGGCCUUGAACCUGAGCUUUAAAAACAUGUGCAAGCUGAAGCCUCUGUUGGAGAAGUGGCUAAAUGAUGCAGUGUGUGCAGAGAACCAGACUUCAGACCAAGGCCUGUCCAGCCCCAGCUCUAUUGGCUCCCCUGGGCUGGGCAUGGAGGGCCUUAACCGCCGUCGGAAGAAGAGGACCAGCAUCGAGACCAACAUCAGAGUGGCCUUAGAAAAGAGCUUUCUAGAGCAGAACCAAAAACCUACCUCUGAGGAGAUCACCAUGAUCGCUGACCAGCUGAACAUGGAGAAGGAGGUGAUCCGUGUAUGGUUCUGCAACCGCCGGCAGAAGGAGAAGAGGAUCAACCCGCCCAGCAGCGGCAGUGCUGCCAGCACCCCCAUUAAAGCAAUCUUCUCCCCCUCCACACCCCUGGCACCUAGCACAGCCAGUCUUGUGACCAGUAGCACCUCGACUACACUGACUGUAAAUCCUGUUCUGCCUCUCACCAGCACGAGCAUCUCCAGCAUUGGACUCACUGGCACCACUGUGGGCUCGGCAACUACUAAGACUGCAUCCGCCAUCUCCACGGUGCCUGCUGUGACCACAGCAACGUCAUCGCCCUCCAUCAGCCCCUCCCCCAGUACUCCACAGGCCAUGUCGUCUGAGUCGGUGGUGACUCAGGAGCCAGCAAGCACUGUUACCCAGGCACCCACCACACCAGUGAGCACACUAGGCCCAGGCCAGGUAAUGGUUGCUGCCUCUAGCCUGUCUGCCGCACUGCAGGGAGCUGCACAGCUGCCUACCAGUGCCAGCAUUGCCGCCAUGGCUGCAGCUGCAGGCCUCACCCCAGGCCUCAUGGCCUCCUCACAAUUCACUCCUGGUGGGGCUCUGCUGAGUCUGGCUCCUGGUGGUCUGGGCAGUGCGUUGAGUCCAGCACUGAUGAGCAACAGUACUCUGGCCACUAUCCAAGGUGUGUGGAAUGCUCUGGCUUCAAGCGGGACUCUGCCUAUCACCUCUCUGGAUGGCAGUGGGAACUUGCUUUUUGCCAACGCCAAUGCUGGCAGCACCCCGAACCUGGUGACGGCGCCUCUCUUCCUUAACCCGCAGAACCUGUCUCUGCUCACCAGCAACCCGGUGAGCCUGGUGUCUGCCGGGGGAGCUGCAGGGGCUGCUGGGGCCCUCAAUCUGCAUGUCGCUGCAGACCACAAUGCUGUCACCUCUGCGACAGUGCCCGCCUCCACCAUCAGCACCGCCUCCAAGGCCCAGUGAAAGCCCCAACCAUCUUUGGUCCUCCUCUUCCUCCUCCUCCUUUUCCUUCUCAUCAAUCAUUAUUUAAUCCCUGUGCUACCACCAAAAAGAAACUUACUAAAAUGAAGUUUUAUAUUAUGUUAAUAUUUUUGCUUUCUUUUUCAUACCUUCAUCUUUAUUUUAGAUGUUCUUUUUUGACCUUGUUGCCUGCUUUGAUUUUUCAGCAACAAACUGAAUGUUGGCGUUACAAGAGAGCCUAGCAUUAAGAUGGCCAAACUGAACUGUCUCUGGGCUGCACGCUUGCUCAAUUGGUAAUGCAAAGACGUUUUAUUUGAUUGAAUUUAACUCACUUUAACUCUGCGUUUCACAUUUAUGUCGUGUUAUUUGAUCCUAAAACACUCCUAACCAAAAACGCAUUACUUUAUUGUUUAUUUAACUGUUGAAUUACUCCUUAUUGAUAGCAUUUUUAGCCUUUACUGUGAUCAUUAUUACUGAGGAACUUUAAAGACACCUUUUGAUUUAAAAUAUUUUUGUCAGAGGUGCUGCUUUUCUGGCCUUUGGUACCUUCAUAUCAAUCUUUUUUUUUUCUUUUGGCUUAUGUUUUUUUUUUCUUUUGUUUUUUUAAUCUGAUGCAGCUUUAGUCCUAUAUAUUUCUCACAUGUGGUUACAAGGCUUUAAAGGAGUAAUAAGUGGCUGUGAUACGGUUUCAUUGCUUUUAAGGAAUCGUUUGUAUGGUCACUGAAACACUGAUUUAACAGAAGAAAUUCUCAGUACUUGGUAGCAAAGGUUUUUAAACGCUUUCUAGUAUGGGUCUGAAGUGUGGACCCCGAGAUGGGCUUAUUUACAUAGGAUAAAUAGCUUUAAAUGAUUGCAUGAGCAGUCAUUACAAAGGUGACAGGUCUUGGGCUGCAAUAGUAGGCAAUGUAGACCUCAGUCACUUAGAAUGAUUGUGGAGAUGGUGCACUGAGAGCUCCUGAAACUGUUAUGCUUCUGCUUAGUGGCAUAACCAUUUGAUGCCUAGACUGUGACCUGUAUUUGUCCCAAAGUCCGUCAGCCUCUUAAGGUCUUCCCAUCACAGGGUGUGCUGUCUGUGUAGUGUCACGGUGGGGUUAUAGGAGUUUGCUUUUGUGUGUGUGUGUGUGUGUGCGUAAGUGUUUUCAUGGAUUAGGUCAUAUUGGAGGAUGCCACCAAAUGUCUGGUGGCAACUGUAACAUUUCAAGAAGCAACUUGGCCCAGGGGAGGAAGGCCUGGUUGUCCUCUGUCCAGGAGAGUUUUAAGGUGUUUGCUUUUCUACUUGUGCACAGUACCUGUACCAAAAAAAAAAAAAAACUGGAUUUGAGAACUGUGGUCUGCCUGGUGUUUAGGGGGGAAAAAAACGUCAUAUUCUGAGUAAGAGGUCUUUUUUUUAAGGUUUUUGGCUGGCCUCUCUUUAUGAUAUACCAAAAAUAUUUGUUAAAACAUGUUGCUGUAUAUUACCAUUGUAGCGUAGGGUAAGUUUAAAUAUUUAUAAGUGGAAGCUCUUGGUAAACCACAGGAAAUAUUAUAAUGCAAUAUUUUGAAGAUCAUUUCCAAAGACAAAACUAUUUUUUAUUUUGGUUGAGAUGGCUUCCCCCCCGCUCUGCUCUGUCUUGUUUGUGCAGCUAACCAAAUAACCCGAGUGGAUAGGGAGGGUGGAGGUUUGAAAGAGGUGGAGGUGGUCAGGUCCAUGUACUGCAGCAAAAAAAAAAAAAAAAAAAAACACAAAAAAACACCCCAAAGUAACCUGACCCCCUCCAGGUUAUUGCUGAGAAGUCUUUGUGAGUGAGAGGUGAGUGGGGGUAGGGCUGAAGCAGGCGCCCUUUCUCUCUCUCUCUCUCUCUCUCUCUCUCUCUCUCUCUCACUCUCUCUCUCUCCCCCUCCCUAAUAAAGUUAAUAUAUUUCAUAGAUGCGCUGUGUGCGGAUGGAAACAAGGUGCUUUUUGUCUUACAGGUUCUUGUUUUCUGUGCGCUUCUACGAUGCCAGUGUUUUUGUUCCUUAGAUUGAAAUAUCCACUAUCUAGGCAGGUUUGGGUCAAUAUUUAGGAGCUUUAGCAGACUGAUCUGUUAUUCUCCCCUUACCAAUGUAAUUCAGCCAUGAUGUAAAGCUUGAACCAAAGUCGUUUUCUUGCUAGCUGCUGUGCCUGUGGGGAUCAGCGAAACGCUGGCCACACUAUCACCACUCUACACUACUGACAAGCUUCCUCAUGUCUUAUUUCUGUUCUUUACCAAACUCCUACAACUCAUAAUGAACAUACUUAAAUGAGUUGUCUUUAGCUUUAAAAUGUAAAACAGUGUGUGCCGUGCUCACAUCUUUUUUUGUUUUGUUUUAUUGUUUUUUUUUUUUUUUUUAAGUAUUUAAUGUUCAAUAGCAUAGGUAAAGGCCUCCAAGUGCCGAGUAUUUCUCUUUUUGCAAUGCUCUAUAUUUGAGUCAUCAAAUUGUAGUCCUAGAGGCUCCUAGAUCAGAUCUCAUCCUCAGUAGGUUUCACUGGAAUCCACUUGCGGCAUUAGCUUUUACGCUCUUGCCCCUGUAGUGUAUAUGACUGUGUGGACUGUGGAAAAAUCCCAAACCACUCCACUCUUUGACUGUCCUCUAAACCUGGCACAGCACUGGUACACGCAAACAAAAUAAAGCUUUAACGGUACAUAGUGUGGUAUACCAAAACCACUUGUUGCAUGGAUCGAGUUAAUAUGCAGUCAGGAUUAAUCUAUUCUUUUAAUUCUUAAUUUAUUUUAAUUUUUUUUUUUGUAUGUAGACUGUUCCUGGUUGAGCCUUGAUUUUGGUCUUUCAGCUCGGUAAUGAUACAUGCUUUUCCAGAGAAUGUCUAAUUAGAGGGUGCACUCUGUCAGCCAGACAUCAGGUCACGUGUAAAUUAACUCUAAAUACAUAUAUCAUGUAUCUCGAAAGCUCACUGGCAUUUUGAAUUUCAUCCUAGCUCCAUUCUUUUGACUCGGCCCCAUUUAGACGGGCCUGAGGAUUAUCGUCAAAUGUUUUCCGCUGGUUUCCAUCCAAUUCAACCUUGCAUGUUUUUUUUUUUUGUUUUUUUUAUUACCUCAUCAGCACUUAAAUGGAAGGUUUGCUUUAAGCAAAAUGGCACCAACAGACAAGAAAUUGUCCUUUUAAAAAUUUCAAUACUAUAUCAAAGAACAGAAAAAAACAAUGUUAAAUCUAACUACUACUGCUGUUUCAAGUACUACUACUAAUAGGGUACCUCCAGUUUUAUUUUUUAUUUUUUUGUCCUACUUGCCAAAGUGAAAAAGCCUUUGUCUUUGUGGCUUGUUGCUGCUCACUCCGCUGGUUCUGUCCUGAGGCUGCCACAUGGCCUUAUGGGACUUGUAGUUUUAUGUAUGGUUAUGUAUCGCCGUUGUUUUAGUGCAGUGGUGUGGUGCCGGGACGCGUGGGAAGUUUCUGAAAUAUUUAUCCGAGGAACGACUUAAAUAAUUAGAGAAAGAACUGUUUCCCUAAAUUCUAUAUAUAGAUAUAUAAAUAUGCAUAUGUAUUAUACUCAUAUUUUAUAAUUCAACUAAUAUAAAGAUUGAAUGUAGUGUUUUGUCAUGCUUAUUCACGAAAAAAAACAACCAACCAACCAAAAAAGAAAAAAAUAAUACCUUACUUACUUUUUAUGAUAGCAAUUGAACUGAAACUGAAAACUUUCAAGACCAAAAAUGUAACACCACACCCUUUGAAUGUGGAACUAGCUGUCAUUUACUCCCUCCACAGUUAAAUACAGGGGGCUUGCCAUGGUGCUCCCAGCUUCUACUGUUGCCUGGGAAAUGGACCCAAAAAGCACCCGAUCUUAACUCUCUGUUUAUUUGUAUUGACUUGAUUUGCUAUGUUGUUUUAAAACAAUCAUUUCAAUUUAUUUACUUUUAUUUUUCGUUUUAUAUUUUUUGUAUAGCAUGAGGGCGCAACAUCACUGGCUUUCUUUAACAAAAUUAACUUAUCAUUUAUGCCUUACUAUUAUUUUAGAAGAUUGACGCUUCGUAGCAAACCAUAGUAUGUCGGUUGGUGAGUGUAUAUUUGUGUGUGUUUGUGUUUGAGUGAGUGAAGGGAUGCAUUCCCGCAUGUUAUGUCUAAAUUUCACAUUGAUCGCUGAAAUAACGCUGUGAGUAUUGGACUUUUAUUGUUUUUUUUUAAAAGACGUUUGAUCAUACAAAAUGUUGCUACCUGUUUUUUUUUUGUGAUUUGUGCAGGUUGGAAACCUGUUGCAAAAAGCUUUACUAAUAACCCAACUCCAGCUGUUGUGAGGGUGAACGGGGUUGUCCUAGUUCUUGGUAGCUGUGCAUUCGCUUUCAGAGGUCAUCCUGUAGGGAAAAUAUUUCUCCGAAUUUGAUUGGAAGUAAGACUUCUAACUAAUGAUCAGUUGGGAAACAAAUAAGAAAUAUUAACAACCUUGAUGUCCAAAAUUUCUGAAAGCUUUUCUGACUGAUUGAGGCAAUGGUGACCACUCGGCUUAAUGCUUUUUAACCUGUGAUUGGAUUGAGUGGUGUUCCAGAGCCGGAUACGACUGAUGAGGCUUUGCAUUUCUGCAGCAGAUCUGAUGUAGUUUUAACUGUAGAUAAGUGCUCUGAUGAGUGGUUGCAUUAGAGAUUUUGGUUUUUUGGAGCGACUGUAGUUGUGUAGUUUCUGGCCUGUAGGUUGCUGCAGUAGGCCUUCAGUCCAUUGCUGAAAAAGGAUAAAGAUGAAAGCAGUUAUGGACCCGAUGGCUUGGUUUGCUGGAAUGGGUAAAAGGAGCUGUUGUAUACCUCAUUUCUAACUCGACACAGAGUAAAAACUUGCUUUAAUCUAUUUUGAAAAACAAACAAAGAAAACAAAACAAAAACCUAAUGGAAAAAAAAACCCUGUCCUGAAAGAGGAGCCUGCAGAUGUCUAUUUAGUGGAAAGGGCGAGGGUCCAGCAGCUGCUACGGAGACACACUACACACACAUACACUUAUUCAUGUCAAACUUUUAGAGUAUGACUCUUGAGAUUGAUUUUGUUUCUUACGUUUUACCCUUAAAUGUAGUUAAUACAUAUGAUAGCCAUAUUUAUUUUGCACCUUUGUCUUUUUAGUUAACCUUGUAGUUUAUUCUUAUGAUUUGACAAUCGUCUCCUUAAUGUCCUUCAUUUGUAUGAAUGUAACUUGCAGGGCUUAUUUGGUGUGUAUGUGUGUGUAUGUCUUCUUUGUGGCCCUGGCAGUCCUUAGCCCUGAACCUCUCUGUGGUAACCAAAGACUUACAAAGUGAUUGUAUGGACUCGGCUGUCUCUCCUUUCUUACCCUCCCUUCGUGGAUCUGAGAUGAUAAGGACAGAGGGCAGGCUUCUCCAAGGGACUUGUAAAAUUAACCCCUCUUUGACUGGGUGAUGUUAGUUAGUACACACUGAAGGACAUCCUGUGCACGCUGCAACCUGCUCAGGAUGAACUGUCUGCUCUCUGGACUCAAUGCCUUCGUCUUUAUAGUUGUAACAUUGCAAAUCUGUUUCUAUGAGUGUCUCUAACCAAAAAAACACACCUGACCUCUCCAAGGUUUCUUGUUCUGUACUGAUGUCUCGUUAUUUCAGUGUGCUGUUUUAACUUCUCUUUUACAAUUUGUCUCUGCUCUUUCCGCCAUCUUGAUUUUCUCUGUGCAACUAUGCAUUGUUGUCCUGUUUGCCGCCAGGGCCGUGUCUCUGCAACACCGCUCUUAACCAAAUGGGUCUUCGACACUUCACUCAGCAGCUUUAUAUGGAGUGCAAAGUCGACAGACGCUACAAGCUCUAUCCCAAAGCAAAAAUCCAAAUAUGAAAUGUUUGACACAUGCAGAUACCAAAGAUGACACUGUCUCUUGUCCUGUUUCUCUCUUCCUCUCCAAGCCCUUCAAUGUGUGUAUUAAGGAACAGAACCCAGCUCUGACAUUAGUCUUAACCUCAGUAAUUCCAAAGCUUAGAUGUAUAUUUUGGUAUUUUUCUGAAAUACUUAAGGAAAAAAAAAAGAAGCAAAAACAAAAAGUGGCAUUUUAAAAAUUCUGAUUUGUUGGAUGUAUUGCUCUUUUUCUGUCACAGCAUGGAGUUAACUGAAGAACUGUCUUACUAUUAGUAGGUUAAACAAAUAGUAUUUUUAUACUUUUUGGGUGUGUCUGUGUAUGUGAUUCAGUUUCACUGCCCAAGUUACCAUUGUUUUUCUUUUUAACAAAAAAAUAGGAAAAUGUACAUAGUGCUUCAGUCAAGGACUGUAAAUGGUCAUUCACAUUUCCUACAGCUAAAGCUUUUUUUCCACCAGUGUCAUAAAGUAGAUUGUAUUUCUGUGUGUCUUAUCUGAACUCUAAGCCACUGUUGUAAUAGUGAGGCUCAUUUAUUGUAUCCUGAGUAUCACUAUGGAGCAGGGCUUCAAUGCCUCUCACUCUGAACACAAGCUUUUGACUGGACUCUACAAUGGCUACAUCAUGGUAGCUUAGAACUGACCGAUUGUGUAGAAAUAUAAGUAUGUGAAUCAGGAUACAUGGUAGAAUAGAUACAUUUUUGUCUGCUGUAUUUUUUUUAAUAUAUAAAGAUAAUCUUUACUGUAACUGUACAGAUCUCUUUUGUUGUAAACAUCAUUAAACCAUUUUCCAAGUGUU